GGCGGGAACUGAGCCGAGGAAACUAUUCUUCGUCCAUACAGGAGUCAGAGAUCAUAUACAUCCGCACAGCUGAAAAUACAUCCUGACCAAAGCCAUGAUUUCCCUGAGCAGCUGUCAGAUGCUCCUGCUGAUGGCCGUCUGCGGCGUCUUCUUCUGCAGGACUCUUGCGAUGCCUGCGAUCUCCACAUAUCCUGAGAUCAGACCAGGCGCUCUUGAUGAAGACGGAGAGGACGAGUGGACGAGAGACCCAUCACUACAGGAUCUGGAGGCGUAUAAACUCCUGUAUGAACUCACAAACACCGUCGAGAGACCAUCCAGACACGCUGAUGGGCUGUUCACAAGCGGAUACAGCAAACUGCUUGGCCAACUGUCUGCUAAGGAAUACCUGGAGUCUUUACUUGCAAAGAGAGUCAGUGAUGAUCUGGGCAUGGACCAGAUGCCUGUGAAACGUCACUCAGACGCCGUCUUCACAGACAACUACAGCCGCUACCGCAAACAGAUGGCGGCCAAGAAAUACCUCAACUCCGUUCUGGCUGGAAAAAGGAGGUGAUGCACUCCUGCUCAAACGCUGCCUGUGCUCUUCAACAUGUGACGUGGACGCACAGCUUCAAGAUUUCGCCAUCAUUAUAUAUUCAAGCUUAUACAAUCUAUUAUGGCUGAAAUUGAAUAAAGAUAAAUAAAUAGCACUGAACACGAUACAAAGUAAACAAGCGCGUCAGUGAAUGAAUCAGUGUGAAUGACAUGUCUUUUGGCUGAAUAAUGCUGUUAUGUCUAUAGAAAUCUAUUUUGACUGCAGUCAUUCUUGAUGAAAUCAAACCAAUAAAAAUGAUCAUGUUUGUAAAAACA